GCGUCGGCGCUUUUCAACUAUCUCUCUCGCGAUUGGUCCGUUGACAUUCUUGGAACGUUUUCAUUGGUCUCUCGUGACUCUGUUGACAUUUCUCUUCCGGAAAGUGCGUUCGAGCUGUUGCCGCGCGUGCUAGAGCUGGCAACGAAUUGCCACGGUCACAAUGGCUGAUAGCACCCACGCUGCGAUUGCCUUGCCCACCCAGCCUCCUGUGAGUGAGCAACUGGCAGGAGGAGAAGGUGGAGAAGGUGAAGAGGGCUCAGAGAGGGAUGCUGACGGGGGUUUGACAGAUGCCCAGACGGAGGUGUUGGAGAGAUGUCUGCAUGCGCUCAGGAAGGCUCAGAAUGACAGCCACACGCUGGCUGCUCUUCUGCUCAUAACUCGCUUGUGCCCAGCAAGCCAGCUGGACAAACCCACCCUGAGGCGCAUCUUCGAGGCCGUCGGCCUGAACCUUCCGGCUCGUCUUUUAGUGACGGCGGUCAAAGGGAGCAACAACUCCGGCUUGCCCCCACAGGAACUCCUCUCGCUGGGCACGGCUCUGUUGGCUGCCCUGAGCACGGACCCAGACAUGGCCUGUCAUCCCCAGCUCCUCACCACCAUCCCGCUCCUGCUGGGCAUUUUGGCAAAUGGUCCAGUUACGCGGCAGGGACAAGAAACCCAGGACCACAGUCAAGAUGGAGUCCAGUCAGAGGACGGGUCAACCACGGAAUGUGACGCUGCCAAUGUGGCAAAAUCCACAGGAGAGGGCCACGCCGACGAGAUUAAGGCCGAUGGCGGCAGUGACGGACACAAAUCGUCAAUGUCACAAGAAUCCUCCCCGACCUCCAAGCUGGACGAGGCCGUGGCUUCUGACUGCUACCAAGUUCUCACCGCCGUGUGUGCCUUAUCCAGGGGCCCCGACCAGCUGCUGAGCAGGGGUGCCAUUCCGGCCCUGUGCCAGGCCGUGGAACAAAACCAGACGUUCAGCCACCAGAGGGGGCUUGCUCUGCUGGGUCGCCUCCUCUCGGGUAAAACCAAGGAUAAAGUGUGGAGUUCAAACCCCGAGGAACUCCUCACGCUGUUAGUCAAGCUCUCCAAAGACUUCUGCCAAGCCACAGGCCAGACGAAGCUGGACAUGUGCGCCCAGUUGGUGCAGUUUCUUCCACCGAGCACAGUGUCCGUGCACAGUGAGGAGCUGAAGGGAGCCGUGGGCCGCGUGUGGGGGGAGUUGAGACCCAUGUUGCAGACUAAGUUGACGCCGAGACAGAUCGGGCCGAUCCUGGUCCUCAGCGCCUGUUUGCUGGAUCUGCUCGGGUGGGAGCCGGUGGGGCCGCCAAAGUUCUGCUGCUUGCUGGUGAACCGGGCCUGCGUGGAGGUCAGAAUGGGUUUGGAGGAACCGCCUGGUAACGAGCUGAGCCCAGAGCAGCAGCACACACUCACAGGCUGCUACCGGAUCAUGGAGGCCGCCAUAGAGCAGGCCUGCUGUAUGGGAGUUUCCCAGACCACUGAACCUCCUCAGAGCUCCAUCCCCUCAAUCAGUCUGCAGCAGAGCAGACAGGUCCUCGGGGUGUUGGAGGAGGCCUUCUCCGCUUUAAUGUACCACCUGCAGCAGGUGGACCCAAGUCGCUACGGCGACCCUUUCAUCUUUGCCACGUUCCGCUCUCUGUGCUCGUGGCUGGCCGAGGAGACUUCCUGUCUGAAGGAGGAGGUCACUGGGCUGCUGCCGUUCCUGAUUGGCUACUCCAGGAGUCACCUGCAGGGCGAGGGCCCAGAGCAGGGCCUCUCCGCCUGGAUGGCCGAGGUGUCCUUCAGGGAGGAGAGGGCAGCGUGGACGGGCAGAGAAGCUCUGAGGUACCUCCUGCCAGCGCUGUGUCACCUGUCAGCAGAGGAAGGUCCCAGGAAGGUGCUGCUCACCCUCGACACCCCGGCCCUUCUGGUGGACUUCCUGUCUCGGUGCUGGACCGGCCCCAGGGAGAAAAGUGGGGCGACGUCGGCCAGGGACCCGAGCAUGGAGACGGCCUGCUCAGCCCUCCUCAACUUCACCGUCACGGAGCCGGAGAGAGUCAGAAAGGACCAGAGUUUCCGAACUCUGGAGACCCUUCUGAGUGAAGCCCUUCCUGUUCUGGUGCACAAGCCCCGCCUCCUGGUCCUAGCAGCCAAUUACUGCACGUUGGGACUUAUGAUCGGCAGACUCAAAGUGGCUCCUUCAGCGGGAGGCUCUGUUGAAGGCGGCCAGAAGCGCCUCUUCUCCGCAGCUCUCCGGUUCCUCCGCAGCGCCCUGGACUCCGGCUCCAGCCCCGGUCCGGUGAAGGUGAGCCCCGCCUGGGAGGAGAGCUGGGACGAGGCCGCGGAGCUCUGGAGGUUGUGUCUGCAGGCUCUGGGGGGCUGCGUCCGUGCUCAGCCCUGGAUCGCGGGCCUGGUCCGAGAAGAAGGAUGGCUCAAGCACACGCUCGCCAUGCUGAGUCAGUGCAGCGCUCUCCCCGACCAGCACACGCAGCAGGCGCUGGAGGAAGCUCUGUGCGCCAUGGCGGACCAGUGCCCAGCCUGUAAAAAAGAGAUUGGAGACGCGAUGAGAACUAAUGAAGGAGCUCUCGUGUGCAUGAAGAACCUGAAGAAGUCGGUGGGAGUGAAAUGAAACAUGAGCCGACAGACGCCGUGCUCUUCACUGGAGUACGUUUGAUAUGAAAUAAUAAAGGAGGACUGUCACGGAAGCCAAACGUCUUUGUUCCUUGUACCAAUCUGACAUGAAUAAGUUUAACCCGUCUCUUACGCGCCAAGUGUGCAAUGUUAAUGUCUAAUAAAGAACUAUUUUGUUUAAAAAAA